GAGAGUAUAUGAGAGCGCGCUCCUCGCUACGUUGUCAGUUGACGUCUAGAAACCAGCGUGUGUGGAACAUAAUCGUUUGGACUUGUCACUAUCUUUCUUUAAUCAAGACCACACACACCUGUCAUCAUGACUGACUUCCUUAACAACAAGUGGAAGAUCUGGUACAAGUCCCUGGACGUCAACCACGACGGAAAGAUCUCCAUCGAGGAUGUGGAGGAAUCUCGCAACAAGUUUACCGACCUCCACCAGCUCGUAGGAGAUAAGAGCAGCGGCGUCAAGGUCGAUAUGGAGAAAUGGUGGAAUACUUACAUCUUCCCUUCUGCCGGCGCUGAAGUCUCCGAAUCUGACUUUUUGAGUUUCUUGGGAGGCCAAUACAGCAAGGACAAAGCCGGUUUCGUUAAAAACAUGACCGACUGCUUCAACACCAUCUUCGACGUCAUUGACACUAACAAAGACAGGUCAAUCGAUUUGAAUGAGUUCAUCUACGCUUUCAAGGCUUUCGGUCAUGAAAAUGAAGAUGUAGUCAGGAAAGCUUUUGCUUUGUUCAAACCAACAGACAAUACUGUACCACUCCGCACUGUCGUUGACGCCUGGAUCUCAUUCGUAACAUGCGAAGAUGAAAGUAAAGCCGACAUUAUCAAAAAAGCCUUUGAAAGUUAAUUGACAUGGCAAUCGUUGUUAAAAACAUGAAAAACCCAAAUUGUAAAAAAAAUACAAAACUGUUUACCUCUGUGCAAGGUCCCUGUUCGAGUUCAUGAGGACAACUAAGUCCAGAAACUGGAGGAUACCGUCUGUCCGACAGCGGCUUAUCUUACUGUAGGGACUUCCGGUCUGGACAGGAUCACUUCCGGUCCCGUCAGUUUACACCAGGGAGCGCUCCAUGACAUCGAGAAUGUGAGGUGUAAAGUCGAUCGACUAUUAGAGUUGACUUUACCAACACGUCAACUCUUGAGUUCCAUGGUACUUUAAACAUCAGGGAGAUUUUUUAUUAUACACAAAGCGCGCUUUUGUAAUAUAUGUGUUGCCAUUUAAUAUUGUUGGACAAAUCAUCAAAAGAGAAUUUUGUUUUAUAGAUAUAUUAAGAUAUAUUUAUUUUACGUCAGGCAAUCGACUCAUGUUACUUCAAUUAUUCUCCGUCUCAUUCCCACAAAUGCUUGAUCCGUACGUUGGUCCAAUAAAUGUUACUACCUAAA